GAACCUAUAUGUUCAAGACCCUCUCCCACCGAAUCCCCAUGGGGUGACUUGAUCCAUCGCCUUUUUGUGCAUCUUAGGAGCGGAUCUUAAACCUCAACUCCUUCGGCUGCGCUCUAUUUAUAUAUAACCCGAGAGCCUUGUGCUCCGAGCCAACUAGACGCCUAUAUUCUGCUUUGUGCACAUUUCCCCAUUUAAGCAGCCGCUCCUACGCAGCUGAACUAUCACUACGAUGGCCGAGAAUCACGGCGCGCUGCCUCCUAAUGGACUCCACAGAGCUCAAGGGCCUCCUGCGGGAUUCGGCGGCCGUCCGGUAGGACAGCCGCAGUCUAUACCCCAGCAAGCAAUCCCGCCCCGAGCUGGACUCCCAGUGGACCUGACUAGGGGCCCUUCUGUUAAGAUUUCCGACGUAAGCCGCGGUCUUAUGACCGUAGAUGACAUGAGAGAAGACCUCGCAGAGUAUGUUCUUUUCCGAUUUGAGAAAUACCCAGCGCAAAGUCGAUAUGACGACGAAGGACGAUUGCAACUCCCUACAUGGGAUAAGGCAAUUAGAUCUCGGGUUCAGAGUAUGUCGACUGGGGAGAUAAAGCGUCGGAUUCAAUAUCUGAAUAGGAAGACUCGCACACCUACCGACAAAUUGAGAUCCCUAAGCCCUGCGCUCCAGCGGCAAAUCGACGAGGCGACAGAAGAGCUCACGAUACAGAAUCCGGACCCAUUGAACUAUCGCUGGGUGCUUGUACAGCUAGACCAUCAACUCGCAGAAAUUGAUCCGUAUGUUUUCGUGGCUGGAGGAAACCAUCCACAACCUCGACGACAUCAUGGCGUACCCAGGAGGCGAGCGCAUCGACAAACGAAUGGGAACAAACCUAGAUCUUUCAAGAGGAUCUCAUUGACAACAUAUUUCAAGCGUGUUCCUAAAGCAGAUGCUGAUAUCCUUGCUCUCUAUGAAGCGAAAAAGAGAGUGCUCUUCUCGCAAAAUAAUCACAUCCCCCAUCCGCAGUCACAGCCGCAGUCACAGCCGCAGUCACAACCACAACCACAACCACAACCACAUCAUGGUUCGAAUCCUCGAAUACCCCCACUAGGACCUGGUCCUGUUGAAGGCAGGCCACCAUUGGGGCCGAAUGGGAAUCGCCCACAACCGGUUCCGACACGUCCUAACGGAUCAGGAUCAGGAUCAGGACCAGGACCAGGGCCAGGAACCAGACGUCCUGCUAUGAAUAAUACUGCAGCUGGCAGCGGAGGAAAACCAAAAGCUGCCGGUAUAAAGCACAACAGACUUGAAAGCGACUCGGGCUACUCCGACUGUUUGUCGGAUAGGUCAUUUGAUAGUCAAAUGACGCCGGACACUUCCUACUCGUCUGAGUCGCUCAAUAGGGGUAGAAACCGCGGAAGAGCCCAUAAUAAGGAUCGUGUACCGGUUCGGAGCUUGAGCAGAAGACGUGACACGAAUAGACUUGGUCGGGGCCUACCUGAACAUCGCAUAAACCACAACAAUCAUUUUGACAUCGGAAAUGGGGUUAGGAUGCCGCCUACGUCGGGACCUCUUCCGCCCCAGAUGACAUCCCCUAUUGAUAUCGACAGAGCUACAGAAGAUGCUUACCUCGCGGGCGUCCUCCGCGGGAGAGACGAUGCGCGGAUGGCACAGCAGCGAGCAGGCCGUGAAGCUCGGUACUCAAGGCCUAGUCCGCGCUUUAUUUCAGGGGCGAGGUCGCCAGCUCCUCCAUACAGAAGACAUAUAUCAAGACAUGUAUCUACCUCUGACCGACGAGGCGAUAUUGAUGAAGGAAUAUCGCGUCUCAAUCGCUUAUCUCUUGAUGAUGAAGACGACUACGAUACUGUAUUGCGACGGGUGGAUGGCCGUCGACGAAGAGAGUUUGAGUAUCUCAUGCAGGAAGGGUCAGUCUUGGAAGACGAUCCAUUUGACCGAGAGAGGCCAUCAUACCCGAGACAUAGCGGGAGACAGUAUGAAGAAUCUUACGUUACGGAUGGUUCUGAUAGUGAGUUUAGUUUGCCGCCAAGGAGGAGGCGUUUUCACUACUGAAUUAGUUACACCAAUUUGCAACUUGGAAUGUUGAGUUUAUAAUAUGAUAUUUCUGAUCCAUGGAUAGGAUAGGUACCUAUGAAAGAGAUCGGUAUAAGGAGAGUCCUGUUGGGGAUGCGGAAUGUAUGCGGUACGGGAUUAAGCAUAUGACGUAUAGUAUAAACAUGUGUAUAAGAUACUUUGUUAGCGCGGAUGAGCGAUUUCGUAGUGAGCUUCUCACGGGUUACUUCCAGGUACAUACCUAAAGACCCCGCCUACGG